AUGGCCAAGUCCACUCCCUCUGCUGCUAAGCGGGUGCCGGCUAAAGGCAACUCUAAGGCGCCGAAGUCGUCAAUCUCCAAGAAGAGCAAGCCUUCUGCCGCGCCCUCUCAAGGGCUCACUCACGUAUCUAGUAUAACCUAUAAAGACCUCAAGGUCGGGACGCAAGUCAUGGCUGCGAUACAGGAUAUCUCUCCUGAUGCGCUCAUUCUAGAUUUGCCUUUCAAUAAGAUGGGAAUCGUGAAAGGUAUAUCUAAUAUGGUCGAUGAAGAUGACAUUAGUGAACAUAUGAAACAGGGCAACGUUGCAUUGAAGAGCUUCAAGGCUCAGCAUAGGUUCCGUAGAGGUCAGCUUGUGACCGCGGCUGUUAUUGCCAACGAUGGCAGUGGUAGAGAGGGGUCGAUCCAACUCUCGUUGUUGCCAUCUGUCCUCAAUGCUGGGCUAACGUCUAAGACCAUGAAACCUCACAUGUGGCUGCCUGCUACUGUGCUCACUGAGGAGGCUCAUGG